AUGCUACGUUCAUUUGCUUCAACUUCUAGAAAUGUUGCUAGAAUUAAUCCAGUUAGAUUAGCUUCAACUCAUGCAGUUUCAAAUGCUUCAAUUGUUGAAAUAGAAAAAAGAUGGGAAUCACUUCCAUCAGUUGAUCAACAAGAUAUUGUUUCUCAAUUAGCUGAACGUCAAAAAUUACCAUGGGGUGAAUUAACUCAAGCUGAAAAAAAAGCUGCUUGGUACAUUUCUUAUGGUGCAUGGGGUCCUCGUCGUCCAAUUCAUCCAAAAGGUGAAGCUGGUAAAAUCGCUACUGGUGUCGCCAUUGGUCUUGGUGUAUCAUUAACUAUCUUUGCUACAGUCAGAUAUAACUCUCCUGGUGCUCCAAAAACCAUGAACCGUGAAUGGCAAGAUCAAUCUGAUGAAUACUUGAAAUCAAAGAAUGCUAAUCCAUGGUCUUCAUACUCUCAAGUCCAAUAA